GACAUCAUCUUCGAGUGGCAGCAGGCGGCUAGUAAUGUUCUGGUCGCGGUCGGGAGACUAUUCAUCAACAGCGUCAUGGAGGAGAUUCUGCUAAAGUUCCAGCCGGGGAUCCUGCCGCACUUCUUUGUCAUGCAGACGCUGGCUAACCUCUCCCUGGCUAAUGUUUUCGGGAUGGUCCCGUUCCUGAACUCUAUCCUGGGCACGAUGCUCCCCAUGUUGGGGAUGGUGAAGCAGGACCCCAUGAAGGCCGUCUUCUGUGUUGCCCUGCAGCAUUUCAGUGAGAGUAUUCAGGAAUAUCUCGCCAACCUGGACAAGGCCCCCGACCCCACGGUGAGGAAGGACACCUUCUCCAGUGACCUUUACAAUGCCUACGACAUCCUCUUCAAUUCCUGGCUUCAGAACCGCGAGUCCAAGGUCAAACUCGCUGUGGUUGAGGCUCUCGGUCCCAUGAGUCAUUUAUUGCCCAAUGAAAAGUUGGAGGAUCAACUCAGCCGCCUCCUUCCUGGCAUCUUAUCUCUGUAUAAGAAGAAUGUGGAGCCUUUCUAUGUGACCAAGAGCCUAUGUCAGAUCCUGGAGAGCGCAGUCUCUAAUGAGAGCCGCACGCUGGAGCCUCAGAUGGACUCGGUGCUGUCAGUGCUACACACCCAGAUCUGCUCCUCCAUGGUCGCGCCCACACAGAUGCUGGUGAGGAAUCGGAACGAGGUUCUGCGCUGCUUCACGGUGCUCGCCUCCAGCUUUCCAGAUCACCUGCUGUCGUUUCUGCUCCCCAAACUGGAGACCAGUAACCCCAAAGUCCGUGUGGGGACCCUGAUCAUCUUGAAGCAAGUCAUCAACUCUGCCGGUAAUCUGGGCCAGGGGUCAUGUACCCCCCACCAUCUCCUGAGAAACAGACGGACAGAAGCCUCUUUGAUGGAAGUGAAGAAGCCGCUAAUUCUCUCUUCUGUCAGACACCUGCUCUCACCCUGCCGUCCCCCCACGCGUUGUUCGCUCGUCUCCUGGCUGUCUCCGCCUCCCUGGAGCCCAGUGAUGGCAGGAACGCCGCCGCUCUGCGUCUUCUCUCCGUCAUGCAGAUGAACAUCCACCCGACCGUGGGGCAGUGCUGGAAUGAGAUCCCCCCACUGCUCAGCUUCCUGGAAGAAGAACCAACUGAGAAACUUCAUCAGCAGACUGCGUGGGAGGAGCGGCUCCUGAAGUUCCUGGUGGGCUCGCUGCACGCCGUCUCAGAUGAUGCCUGGAUCUGUCAGCUGUCACAGGAGAUGAGGAAACAACUCAACGGGUACAACUCUGCUCUGGAGAAGAGCUUCCUGUAUAAAUGCAUCGGGAGCAGCCUGGGCGUCUGCGCCAACCGGGAGAUGGUGAGGAAGGAGCUGCAGGAGCUGCUGACCGGAGCCCGCUACCAGGAUGAGGCAGAGAGAGAGGGUCUUGCUGUCGCCUUCGGCAUCUGCUCGGCCCAUCACUUGGAUGACGCUUUGGAUAAGUUGUCGGAGUUCCUUAAAUCUGACAUCAUGAAGAAGAACACUGGAAUUUUCAACCUCUUCAAGGAUCGGGCAGAUUGUGACCUGGAGAAGAUAAAGAGCGCCCUCGUCCUGUGUUAUGGUUACGUGGCGGUUUACGCCCCCACAGAGCUUGUGCUGCCGCGGAUUGAAUCGGAUAUUCUGCGCAACAUUUUCCUUUACUUCCACACCAAGGUUCUGGGGAUAAAGGUAGAGCCCAAGGACGUGACGCUGAAGCUCUGCCUCAUCCGGAGUCUGUCCAUGAUCGGUCUGGCCAUCUGCAGCAGCUCGCAGGCCGGGUUUUUCCACUUCAGCCGCAAGUCUGAGCUGAUCUCCCAGCUGGUGGAGUUCCUGAAGCUGGAGCCCGUGGACGACCUGAAAUCAGCUGUGCGGCACCGCGCCCUCUCCGCCUGCUCCUACCUGGUUAAGCUGGAGCCGCCCCUGAAUGACGCGGACAGGGCGGAGCUUAUUAACACUGCGCUGUCCAGUGUCAUCCCGCUGCCACCAGUCUCCACCGGGAACAUUGGAGAACUGCACAAAGAGACGCUCUAUCGGGACACGCUGGAGGCUCUGAAGGAUCUGCUGAGGGGACUGCUCUCCUGGAACCUCACCCCACAGGGCCUGGACGACAUGUUUCGGAUCCUGAACCCAUGGGUCCGAUCCAGCAAGGAGCAGGAAAGAGAGCGCGCCCUGGAGCUGAGCAGCAGCCUGCUGGAGUUCUUCCUACAGAAGCUGAAUGUGAAUUGUGUGGUAUCUUUCCAUAACCUGGGGCUCCUGAUCGGCCGACUUGGCCCUCGCUGCUCGGACUCUGUGGCCCUUGUACGGCAACACACCCUGGACUGCAUCUACUACCUGCUCUACAUCCAGCUGAGAUACGAAGGUUUUGCUCCGGAUCACAAAGAUGAGCAGGUGGAGAAGCUGCAGACCCUGAGGGGCGGCCUCCUCAACCCCGACGCCAACAUCUUGUUCCACACGUGCUAUGACAUCGCCAUGAUUAUUGGGAGACGUCUGCCCCCGGAGCAGCUCAUCACUCUUAUCUUCGUCACCUUCGAGGGUCUCUCGGAUCCUGAUAGUAACUGCUCCAGAGCGGCCACCGUGAUGAUCAAUUCUCUGCUAAAGGACCGGGGCACCAUCUUACUGUCCAAGGUCCCGGAGAUCAUCCUACGUGUUCAGCAGCAGCUGGAGGAGACCCCGGAGGAACAUGUCAGGAAGGCCGCCGUACAGACCCUCUAUAUACUGGCCACACAACAUGUCAAGGCCGUGGUAUCCAGCCUGCUGACCAGCCCCGUACCGUAUGACAGGUAAUGGCCCCCUCUGGGGCUACACCAAUAACCUAA